GCUGGGCUGAAUCAUUCCGUCGCGAAUGGCAUUGUCGUAAAUUUAUGACGUAACUGCUAAGCUUCGAUCUACUCUCCCUCCCUCCUCAUAUUAACACGAAAGACUUCCAUGGUUCAACUCUGAAACCUCUCUCCCCAUUUCUCUUCUCCAAGCUGCGAUCACCUUCAUAGCUUGGUUGUAACGAUCAAGAUCUCACUUCUCAAGCUCUCAUUUGCUCAAUAUGCCUCUGAGACUAGAAAUCAAGAGGAAACUCGCUCAAAGAUCGGAAAGGGUAAAAUCUGUGGAUUUGCAUCCAACAGAACCAUGGAUUCUGGCGAGUUUGUAUUCGGGAACUGUAUGCAUCUGGAACUAUCAGUCCCAGAUCAUGGUCAAGUCUUUUGAGGUCACUGAGUUACCAGUUAGGUCAGCCAAGUUUAUUGUGCGGAAGCAAUGGGUUGUUGCUGGUGCUGAUGACAUGUUCAUCCGUGUCUACAAUUAUAAUACAAUGGAUAAGAUAAAAGUCUUUGAGGCUCAUACAGAUUACAUCAGGUGUGUUGCAGUUCAUCCUACACUUCCAUAUGUUCUGUCAUCAUCUGAUGAUAUGCUCAUAAAGCUUUGGGAUUGGGAGAAGGGUUGGGUGUGCACUCAAAUUUUUGAGGGACAUUCUCACUAUGUGAUGCAAGUAACAUUUAAUCCCAAAGAUACCAACACCUUUGCAAGUGCUUCUCUUGACCGCACUAUUAAGAUUUGGAAUCUUGGCUCUCCUGACCCUAAUUUUACAUUGGAUGCCCAUCAGAAGGGUGUAAAUUGUGUUGAUUACUUUACUGGCGGUGACAAACCCUAUCUAAUUACUGGUUCUGAUGAUCACACUGCUAAGGUGUGGGACUAUCAAACCAAAAGUUGCGUUCAAACACUUGAAGGUCAUACGCACAAUGUGUCUGCUGUUUGUUUCCAUCCAGAACUACCUAUCAUUGUCACAGGUUCUGAGGAUGGUACUGUUCGUAUAUGGCAUGCAACCACUUACAGGCUUGAGAACACCUUGAAUUAUGGCCUUGAGCGAGUUUGGGCUAUUGGAUAUAUUAAGGGUUCCCGACGGGUUGUGAUUGGUUAUGAUGAAGGAACGAUUAUGGUAAAACUUGGCCGGGAGGUACCUGUAGCUAGCAUGGAUAAUACUGGAAAAAUUAUUUGGGCUAAGCACAAUGAAAUUCAAACAGUGAAUAUUAAGAGUGUGGGAGCAGACUAUGAGGUUACUGAUGGGGAGAGGUUACCUUUGGCUGUCAAGGAAUUGGGGACCUGUGAUCUUUAUCCUCAAAGCUUAAAGCACAACCCCAAUGGACGAUUUGUUGUUGUAUGUGGAGAUGGUGAAUAUAUUAUCUAUACAGCUUUGGCAUGGAGGAAUAGGUCAUUUGGUUCAGCAUUGGAAAUCGUUUGGUCAUCUGAUGGAGAAUAUGCUGCUCGAGAGAGUACUUCAAAGAUAAAGAUUUUCACAAAAAACUUCCAGGAAAAGAAGAGCAUCAGACCUACAUUUUCUGCAGAGCGUAUUUAUGGAGGAACUCUUUUAGCAAUGUGCUCAAAUGAUUUUAUUUGCUUUUAUGACUGGGCUGAGUGCCGGUUAAUUCGACGGAUUGAUGUUAAUGUGAAAAAUCUCUAUUGGGCUGAUAGUGGUGACCUAGUGGCAAUUUCCAGUGAUUCAGCAUUUUAUAUCCUGAAAUACAAUCGCGAUGUUGUUUCCUCUUAUCUUGAUAGUGGGAGAUCAGUUGAUGAACAAGGUGUUGAGGAUGCUUUCACGCUUCUGCAUGAAACAAGUGAACGCGUUAGGACUGGCUUAUGGGUUGGGGAUUGUUUCAUUUAUAAUAAUUCCUCUUGGAGGCUAAAUUACUGUGUUGGCGGUGAGGUUACUACAAUGUUUCAUCUGGAUCGGCCUAUGUAUUUACUUGGAUAUCUUGCCAGUCACAGUCGUGUGUAUUUAAUUGACAAAGAAUUUAAUGUCAUAGGAUAUACAUUACUUCUUAGCUUGAUUGAAUACAAGACACUUGUAAUGCGUGGAGAUCUGGAAAGAGCCAGUGAAAUAUUACCUUCAAUCCCCAAGGAGCAUCAUAAUAGUGUGGCUCGCUUUUUAGAAUCUCGGGGUAUGAUAGAAGAGGCACUGGAAGUAGCAACUGAUCCUGAUUAUAGAUUUGAGUUAGCGAUACAGCUUGGUAGAUUAGACGUUGCAAAGGAAAUCGCGACGACCGUGCAUAGUGAAUCCAAGUGGAAGCAACUUGGAGAAUUGGCCAUGUCUACUGGAAAGCUAGAAAUGGCAGAGGAAUGUCUAAAAUUUGCCAUGGACCUGAGUGGUCUGUUACUGCUAUAUUCUUCUUUAGGAGAUGCUGAAGGAAUAUCGAAGCUUGCUUCCCUUGCUAAAGAGCAAGGAAAGAAUAAUGUUGCCUUCCUCUGUUUAUUUACAUUGGGUAAAUUAGAAGACUGCCUCCAGCUAUUGGUGGAAAGUAAUCGGAUACCUGAAGCUGCAUUAAUGGCUCGAUCUUAUCUUCCAAGUAAAGUCUCUGAGAUAGUUGCUAUUUGGAGAAAGGACUUGAAUAAGGUCAAUCCAAAAGCAGCUGAUUCACUAGCCGAUCCUGAAGAGUAUCCUAAUCUGUUUGAUGAUUGGCAACUGGCUGUUUCUGUUGAAUCUAAGUUUUCAGAGACCAGGGGUGUUUAUCCUUCUGCGGUGGAGUAUGCUAAUCAAGCUGACAGGUCACAUACAACACUUGUGGAGGCUUUUAGGAAUAUGCAGGUGGAUGAAGAGGAGCUUCUUGAAAAUGGAGAUAUAAAUCUUGAGAAUGGAGAUGAAGAGAGAGCAGAGCACCAAAAUGGAGAAGAUAGCCAAGAGGAUCCUGUUGUGGUGGAUGCUGAUUCAACAGAUGGUGCCGUUCUUGUUAACGGUAACGAGGCUGAUGAAGAGUGGGGUACGAAUAAUGAAGGAACCCAGUCAGCCUAAAGGCAAUUGGUUGCACAAGUGUGAAAAUCCAAUUGUUGUCUCUGUGUUAACAUCACAUCACUAGGUUUCAGCUGCUUGAUUCGAUGCUGAAGUGAGGAAAACUUCUUUAUCGAAGCAGAUGGACUCUUGUGCAGACGGCGACGCCAUGUGCGAAUAUACUCAAUUAUAUAUGAUCGCUCAUUUUGGAAAAUAGAAAAUUUAAUGAAUUUUACAUUCUUUAUGACUAUCAAGUCAAUUUUUGUAACUAUAGAUAGAUGUACUCCAAUCUUUUCCUAGCAUAGAUUACCUUGUAUUGCUACUAUUUCAUUUUCGAACCAUGCCUUUCUAGAGCAUAGGUUGUGCAUGUAGAUCUGAUUAUUUUUCCAUUUUAGCCAUAGCCCCAUUUGCAAUAUGUUAUUGUAUCUUAAUUUCAGUAGCUCGACUGAGGUUGUUUCGGUUAUUGAUACUCGUGAAAUACAAAUAAGCAAAUAUAUUUUAUUA